GUUCCUCCACGGCCCAGAAUGGCCAGGGCGCCUAUCCCUGUUUUGUUGCCAAAGCCCUGAUCGCCGCCAGGGCAAAUCUCCCUGCCACCGCCGCACGCUCUCGGGCCUCCACGCUCGAAACGCUCGAAACGUCUGCUACCAACGCCCCUCGUGACCUGCUGCCCUACUGCGCCUCUCUCCCACACGCUGCCUGCCAUGCUGUCGCUGCUGCGCACGCUGACCUAACUGCUGCCACUCGCUGCCGCACACGCCACAGGCCAGCCCGCCUCUCGCUGACGCGCCCGCCGGCUCAGGCGUGUUUGCGGACGGACGCCGCGGCAGGAGACGGUAGCCCAGUCACGGGACCCGCUCGUGCGACGACGAGGCCCCUCGAACCCAACGCCCCCGACCGCGCAUCCAGGCAUGGCCAGCAAGCCCAUGGCCGACCGCCCCCAGAGCGCCCAUGGCAUCGGCCCCAGCAGCCCCAGCAAUGGGCCCCGCGAGUCGCUGUCAUUCCUCAGCCCCAACAACGCCUUCACUACCGCCGCCCCCCCGGGCACCACCAGCUCCACCCUCGCCGGCCGCUCCGGAGCCACAUCGCUGCUGCCCUCCCCCAUUCCGCCACCCACUGCCUCGUCGCAGUCGUCGCAGCACCGCCCGCACUCCCGCGUCAGCGUCGUCUCCGGCUUCUCGCGCGACGACGAGAGCGCUGCCGUGCGUAAGAGCCACAGCCACAGCAUCUCGAGCACGCCCCACACGCUGGCGUCCUCCAAGGCUACCAGCUCGACCGCCGCGGACAACCGCGAGCGCCAGCGUGCUGCCCGCUCGCUGCCGCCCUGGGUCCAGUCUGCCGACGAGGACGAGAUUGCCGAUGUCGCCUCGCUGCUGCUGCCCCGGACGCCCACCUCUGUCCGCCCGGCCUCCCACCACUACAUGCCCACGCCCAAGUCCAAUGUUCCUGGCCGCAAGUUCGACCAUGCCCGCGAGGGCGCCCCCGUCACCCUCUCCACUCCCGUCAGCGAGGGUGCCUCCAAAUGGAAGCAGUUCGCUGCGGCCUCCAACUACGAGCAGCAUGAUCGUCCCAUUUCCUCGCGAGGCCAGAUUGUCGAUGACGACUGGAUGGCUGCGAACAUGCCCGAUCUAGAGAAGCCGUGGGAGCCCAUCGACGAAGAGGACAAGGAGGAGAAGGUCAAGGGCUUCUGGAUGUUCAGUCCAGCAAAGAGGAGACGCAAAAUGGUCAGAUUCCAUCGCACUGUCAUGAACCAUCCAAUGGUUCCGGCAAUAGUCCGUAUCGUCGUGCUUACAUUCUCCAUUCUGGCACUGUCUCUCGCUGGUGCCAUCUUCCACAAGUCGGAUUCGGUAGGCUGCGACAACAAUUCUUCCACCUGGAUGGCUAUCAUUGUCGAUGUCGUAGCCAUCCUUUACACCGUCUACAUCACGUACGACGAGUACACAUCGAAGCCCCUUGGCCUGCGAUCGCACAACGCGAAGAUGUCUCUUAUAUUCUUAGACCUUGCAUUCAUUGUGUUUGAAUCUGCAAAUCUCAGUCUGGCUUUUCAGGCCUUGACCGAUGAAAAGUGGGCGUGUAGGGACGCCAGAGAUGACAGUACGCGCUACUGUGAAUACAGCCAGUCGAUUUGCGUACGUCAGAAGGCCUUGACUGCAACCUUACUAAUCGCACUGCUGGCGUGGCUGGCUACCUUCAGCAUCAGCACCUUGAGGUUGAUCCAUCGCGUCGCUAGGUAGUACCUGCUACGCACAUCUUGUCCCAUUUCCAUUCCCCAUACAUGUACCUUUAUACGCAUUCCCUUCCUUUUACUGAUUCAUAUGUCUUCACAGGAAAGACUCUUACAAGCCGACGCUCAGAUACCGCAUUGCAAGGCGUGCUGGUAGCUUUGUCCUGGCGCAGACUGACCGUUUCCGUUACCGCUCUCGCGAUCUCGCAUCUGUAUCUCCUUAGUUUUGAUUUUGCAUAUGCAUGGCGUUGGUGGCAUACCAAGAUUCUUUUAUUUUUCCAUCGUUCAGCCUAGUGUGGAAGUACGGCCUCAGGUGUCUAGGCAGAUAGAUCGGUCAGGUGUUGUAGCCUUUAGCACACCUCAAUAUAAUGUGAUGAACAGCUAGCGGUU